AGUUGAAGGACGACUUUCACGACGAACGGAUGUGUUUGAAUUGCAGACGUAGACUCACAUCACAGGCCAUCAUCAGUAACAAAACUCAUCACAAAUCCCACCAAUAAAUAAGAAAAAAUGACGGCAAAAACAUUAUUGGCUUUCCUUAUGGAGGUGUGGUUCACGCAGCUGACGUCAGCACUAACCGAUCAAGUCGUUCUGCGACCUACGUCUCCCUACUGCACUGACCAGCGACCUUCAUCGCUAGUUUGCGACUUCUCGCUGACGACGCAGCCGGUGUACCUCGUGACGUCACCGCGCCCGAAAAGGGCGGCAUCCCUCGCCGCCUACGAAUCCAUCGAGAUUCGAAACGCUGCCGUCUUCUACCUAUCCGAAAGCGGCUGUUUGGCGGAGAUCAAUAUUCGCGAUACCAAGGAGGUCAUAGUGGACGAUUUGCACCAGAAGAAACGGCGGGCGGAGGAAUGCGAGAGAUAUCAGCUCUCGGUUGUCAAUUCGUCCAUCACGAAUAUCCCUGCCAAAGUGACGGGUUUAAACGUCGUCCGCUCAAACGUCGAAAGACUGGUUCUGCCGCCGGGAAUAAAACGCGCUUCGGUGUCGCAGUCUCGAGUGGAUUUCUUCAGCACGACGCAUCCGCUGAACGGGUCGGUUGUGUUCGAGGUCUCGUUCACGAACGUCAGCUUCGUCGGGAAGUUGAACGCAAAGGACAAUGCGACGUUUCAGCUGCUGUCAAGUCGCUUAACCCUCAACAACAUGAGUGAAAUCGCUUUUGAAGAUAACGCGGACAUCUUGAUAAGCCGAAGUCACCUUCUUUCACCAAACACUGUACAGUUUUUGGUUGAAAGAGGUGUUUCAGUAACUCUAGAAGACAACAUAGGUAAGGUAACUAUCAAACACACUACUAAAGACAACGCUAAAAGCAUUCCAAUGUGUCGUGAAGAACCCCGCGAAGUGAGUAAACCAGAUAAGCAAGUGACCACCGAAAGCAAUACUAAAAGCGUUCGGUGUCCUUCAGUUCAAGUGCCUAACAGCUGUCAACUGCAGGGUCUGUAUGUUGUAUUGCUUCUCGGGCUAGACUGCGCGUUAGUUUUCGCAAUAAUAUAUCGCUUCUUAAAACGCGAACAUAGCCAGGGAUGGAGUGAAUGUAUUCGAAACUUCAGAGAUGUUAUUCGAAGGAAAUUGAGGUCUGAAAGUAGUUCCAGACGAAGAGAGGUUCCCGACGAAGCGGAAAAACUUGAGGGCGUUUCCCUUGUGAUAGAGAAAUACGUAGCCACGCCUCGGUCGAAAACGCCUGUUGUUGACUGCGAUGAACAUUCUAGUAACGACAAAAAAGACGAGGAAAUGAAUCCGGAAGAGCCGGAAUGUGUCCCCUGUACACCAUCGAGUUUUAAUAACGAAGUUGGCGGGUCGACGGUUAAGAAAAGGAAACCGACUGCAAGCACAGUGAAGAAUAUGGCCAAGCCGAAGUGUCUGUUCUGAAUGAUUUCAGUUCUAACACCAAAACAAUCAAUGUUUUCAUUGUCAUUGAAACUAUGCAAGACCGUUUACGCGCGUUGUCAGAUAAACAAAUUGGAAAAGGAUAAUAUUGCAAUACCACCCCUGAA